AGAGACACCACACACACGGCACAAGAUGGCCGGAGAGGCAGCAGCACCCCGAGCUGUCAGGCGCUCCGCUGCGGUGGCGGCGAGAUGCGGUCGGCAAGGCGAGGAGUCGCGCCUGGCCCGCUCGGGGCUCUCGGAGGGGCGCGGUGGCGGGGGUCUGCCGAGCCCCGGCUCACUGAGAGUUUCCGGGGGCCGCAGAGAAAAGGAGAUCGGGUUGGAGGGGGGGCGGUAGGCUGUAGCUGUGGCUGCCGCGGCCGCUGCGGCACUCGCUCGAUGCGGACUCCGUCCCUAGCACCCCCGGCCCCGGGCCGGCUGCGGGAGGCGCGGCUGGGGUCGUAGCCCGUCGGGCGCGGGCAAGGCCGGCCGCGAGGAGGAGAGCUCGGGGGGUCGGGGUCCCUGCUGCCCUCGGACCGGAUAAUAUGCAGAAUAAAUGGACUUUAAUGGUGGUUCCAAAGAAAUUGAAGGCUUAAUUAGAGGAACAUGUUUCAUUUUUGAAGAUGGAGAUGGUUGAAAUAAAAAGGCAUCUUUGAAAAAGUCUUGUUUUUUGUGAAGCAGCCCAGUCAACUUGAAGAGUCUCAAGUGAAGUCUACCCUGAGGAAUCAAGAUGGCAGUUCAAUGUGGAUUGACAAUUUAAGGAAAAUGGAUUAAUGCCAGUGUGCUGUGAUAUAUAUUCAACCAAGAGGGGUGUUUUGACUUGGAUUCCAUGCAUUCAGUGAAGAUCUAGGUUACUGAUCACCUUAAGAAAAAUGGACAAUGGAUUUGAUAUUCUUCAGACUUUCUGAUCUUUCAUGGCCAAAUAGAUUCUGGACAUUUUUGAAAAAACAUUAUUAAAAAUAUAACUAGAAAAUUGAUAGAAAUGAUUUUUGACAAGUCAAUUUGAUUGUAUAAUGUACUUACGUGUUCUUAAUUUUAAUAAAAUUUUUAAUGUUUCUACACUUUCCUAGUUUAUUUUUUGACUGAAAAAAUUACCAUUUAAUUAGGGGCAAAAAAAAUGUCCUUGACUGCUACAGUUAUGGUUAUAGAAAGUAAUUAAAACUUGUAAAAAUUAAAAGUUGAAUGAUGUUAAAUAUUUUACUUGAAAUGAGUGUGCUGAUUUUUUUUUUCCUGAAGACAUGGUUAGUCACAAAUCAAGAGAACUUGUGUUGAAUAAUUUUAUUUAAAAUCAUAGUCAUGCUUGAUUUAUUGAAAAAAAUCAAUCAGUUCUUGAAUUAAAAUAGCUCCUUAGUAUUCAGAAAAUCAAGUUAUAACUGAUUUUCAUGAACUGUAAUAUACACUGGUACAUCCUUUAAUUAAAUUAUUAAAUUUGCUUCUCCCUCCCCCCAAAAAAUAAGAGUAGAUUGUAUAACAGGUUAUUCAAGAUUUAUUUGAUUUAAUUACAAAACAGCUCUAAUAUUUUAUAAUAAAAUUAAAGGCAAAAUAUUUUCGGGUUAGAAAGUUGACAGGUAUUGUUAUUAAACUGAUAGGUUUUCUAUUGUGUCUUAUUGAGGAAAAAAAGGAAGAGUCUAGUGUAGAUGGAAGUAAACCUUUUCUGUGGUAUAAAAUGUUGAUGAUAAUCCAUUUGUAAUACGUGAUUAUUAAAGACAUAAUAGUGUUUGUAAACCUAUGCAUGUCUUCUUAAUUGUGCAACUUUGAUUUUUCUAAAAUUUAUCUUUGAGAUUUCAUAAGCUAUUCUGCCUCACUUCAUACAUGUUCAAUUUAAAAUCAGUGUUGUAUCCUAAUAUCAUUUAGGAUAAUUUGUUUACAACCAAUAACAAAUGGAUUGAGAUGGAUGAAUUGAAUUUUUAACAAUAUGUAGCUUGUUGAUAUAAGAUGUGAUAGCCUUUAAAAUGGAAUGAAUUUUCAAGAUUUUCUGUUGUUGAAGUUAGAGGGCAUCUUGUAAGUAUGUUGAUGUAAAUGGUUCAUGUUUAUACAUAAUUAUUAGGUGAUAUUUGGUUAUUUGCUAUUUUCAACUAUGGUGUACAUGACUGGCAUGUUCUUUGGUACUGGUGAUAGUUGGUCUUGAUUAAUUAGUGAUGAUGUCUUCUUGAAGAGUGUUACCUUCUUAUUGAUUCUUGAUUAUGAUUUUUUAAAAUGGAGGUAUAAUUUAGAUUUUAGUGGUUUUUCUUGGAGGUCUAAAAUUGGAUUAUUUUAGUGAGGGAGUAGUAUUCUACUUUGCGGGUUUACCUAUUGAAUAAGACGGAUUUGAGUAUUUUGUUUUAUUUCUGAUUUUCUUUUUAUUUGCUUGAAUUAUUUAUGGUGAAAUAAAAGGUGGUUUGGAUAUUGGGGUUUGACUUGAGAAAUUAUUUUUCCCUUGGUAAUCUAGAGGUCAUGUUUUUUUAUUCUCUAAUUUCUUCCCCCUCCAUUACCAACAAAUACCAGGAUUUAGUUAAAACUGGUAACUAAACUCGGCCUAACUUGGAUUUUGCUUUUCUAUUGAGUAUGGAUUGUUAAUAUUUCAUAUGUUGGUUUGGUGAAAAUUUUGGGUGUAUAAGCUCUGGUCUAUUUGGUAUGGUGGUUGUUGAUGAUAACUAGAUUCUGGAAUUGACUGUAAGAUUCACAAUACUGUUUUAAGUAAUUCUGUUGUUAUGGUUCUUUGCUUUUGUGUUUAUAAUAUUGUCAAAACUCUGCAAUAGGUUAAAGAAUUUUGUGAAAAUAAAACUGAAAAUUUGUCAGUUGGUAUAAUGAAAAACAGUUGGCUUUGAUUUUUUGCUCUUAUGGAAUUGAACACUAGGGAGGCGCUCUUGAGUUGUAAGAGUUAGCCCUUUUUUGCCUUGUGGUAUGGAAAAAGAUUUAAUUUUUUUUCUCAUUUGUAGAAUUUUAGAUAACAUUAGACAAAGCUUAGAGGUUACUCAGGAGAUUAAGUGCCUUUAUUUAUAAAACAUGUAACUUGGGGUGGGGGUAAUUUUUUGAAACAAGAUUAGCUAUUAUUUAAUCAAUGGCUCAAUCUAAGAACUGCCCCUCUUUCAAAAUGGCUUUAUAAAGCACCACUUCCUGUCCAGAGAGGAAGUAAUUUUAGCUCAAGGACUGAAAUAUUUAGCAGAUCUUUAAACAAAAGGAACAAAUUACAUUUUUGUCUGGCUUGAAAAGGGUGCUUGAACCAGAGGGGGUUAAGAUGCCCUCCCUCCUCCCUGUGGGGGUGAUUUGAAGAAGCCAGAGGGUGUGUAUGGGUGUGUGUAUGUGUGUGUGGGGUCCUUAGACUCCCUUCUUAGAUGGAGGCUUUUUUUCUUUUUUUUUUUUUUUUUUUUUUUUUUUUAGUAGGAAUGAAGGGGUGGGUCUAUGGUACAUCACCUGAGUUGUGGGGUAAAUGUAGAGAGUGUCAAUCAAAGGCAGAGCUCUCAGAGCUGGGAAGGAGGCUCUAGAUGGCGGCUGUGCCUUAGAGAGCGCGCUCAGCUCAGCUCCCUGCCUUCUCCACACUUUACGCAACUUUCUCUAACUUUCGGGCAGCCUCAGGGGGCCCCCGCAGCCCCCUUCCUCUCCUGGUGACCUAGUGGGGUAGAUUUGAGCCAUUUUUAGGGAGAAAAGCAGUUUUUAGGGGGUCUUUUUUCGUGCCUUGUUGGAAAGAAGAAGCCCGUACUGAGAGCCAGGUCGUUGUUUUUUCCAGCUUAGAAGCCAUGGCGCACCUCCAUUUUUGUGCGCUCUCCUAAUGAGCUUUUUUCCCCCGGACCUUUUUUGUAUUAAUUAUCGCUUAUUUUUUUUAAACAGUAAACCUUUUUGGAUAGUUUUUAUUUAUUUUUUGUUCUUAAGAGAACAUUUAACGUUUAUUUUUUAAUUAUUCGGGAAUCUAAUGUUUUUCUACUACUAGAUACUCUCGGUUUGGACCUGCUACAUGGAUCAGUAAAUACCUGAGCACAAGACUUCAAAGCAAACACAGAUUCACCUCCCCCCUUUUAAUAUUUAAGAAUUAAAAGAUGAUGAGGAAUAAGGACAAAAGCCAAGAAGAGGACGGUUCAGUACACAGCAAUGCAUCGAGUCAUUCAGCAUCUGAAGAAGCAUCAGGCUCAGACUCAGCUAGUCAGUCUGAAAGUGAACAGGGCAGUGAGCCAGGCAGUGGGCAUGGCAGCGAAUCAAACAGCAGUUCCGAAUCUUCAGAAAGUCAGACUGAGUCCGAAAGUGAAUCAGCAGGUUCCAAAUCCCAGCAAACCCCACCGGAAGCCAAAGAAAAGCCAGCUUCUAAGAAGGAACGUAUAGCUGAUGUUAAAAAGAUGUGGGAAGAGUAUCCUGAUGUAUAUGGAGUUAGGAGAUCAAAUCGAAGCCGACAAGAACCAUCUAGAUUUAAUAUUAAAGAAGAGGCAAGUAGUGGUUCUGAGUGUGGGAGCCCAAAAAGAAGAGGCCAGAGAAUACUGAAAAAACAAGAAAAAUGGAAAAAAGAGGCAUCUGAGGAAGAGGAUGAGGAAGAUGAACAAGAGCAAGGUACCAGUGCAGAGAGUGAACCAGAACAAAAAAAAGUGAAAGCCAGACGACCUGUCUUGAGGAGAACAGUGCCUAAAACCAGUGUUAAAAAGCAGCAUAAGCCACAACGUGGAAAAAGAAGAAAGAAACAAGAUUCUUCUGAUGAUGAUGAUGAUGAUGAUGAUGAUGAGACUCCAAAAAGACAAACUCGUCGCAGAGCUGCCAAAAAUGUCAGUUAUAAGGAAGAUGAUGAUUUUGAAACUGACUCAGAUGAUCUCAUUGAAAUGACUGGAGAAGGAGUUGAAGAACAACAUGAUAAUAGUGAGACAAUUGAAAAGGUCAUGGAUGCAAGACUUGGGAAAAAAGGUGCCACCGGAGCUUCCACUACUGUUUAUGCAACUGAAGCUAAUGGCAACCCUAGUGCUGAUUUUGACCCUGAAAAGGAUGAGGGAGAAGUUCAAUACCUGAUUAAAUGGAAGGGCUGGUCCUAUAUUCACAGCACAUGGGAGAGUGAGGAAUCCCUACAGCAACAGAAAGUGAAGGGGAUGAAAAAACUGGAAAAUUUUAAGAAAAAAGAGGAUGAAAUCAAACAAUGGUUAGGGAAAGUUUCACCAGAAGAUGUAGAAUACUUCAAUUGCCAACAAGAGUUAGCCUCUGAGCUGAAUAAACAGUAUCAGAUAGUGGAGAGAGUAAUAGCUGUGAAGACCAGUAAAUCAGCAUCUGGUCAUACAGAAUUUCCAGCUCACAGUCGGAAAUCGUCGUCAAAUGAACCUGAAUAUCUAUGCAAGUGGAUGGGACUGCCAUAUGCAGAAUGUAGUUGGGAAGAUGAAGCUCUGAUUGGGAAGAAAUUCCAAAGCUGUAUUGAUAGCUUCCAUAAUAGGAACAAUUCAAAAACCAUCCCCACAAGAGACUGCAAGGUCCUGAAGCAGAGACCAAGGUUUGUUGCUUUAAAAAAACAACCAGCAUACAUAGGUGGAGAGAACCUGGAGCUCCGAGAUUAUCAGUUAGAAGGCCUCAAUUGGCUUGCUCAUUCCUGGUGCAAGAGUAACAGUGUGAUUCUUGCUGAUGAAAUGGGCCUAGGAAAAACCAUCCAGACCAUAUCAUUUCUGUCCUAUUUGUUCCAUCAGCACCAGCUGUAUGGCCCCUUUCUUGUGGUGGUGCCUUUAUCUACUCUCACUUCGUGGCAGAGGGAAUUUGAAAUAUGGGCACCAGAGAUUAAUGUAGUAGUUUACAUAGGAGACCUGAUGAGCAGAAACACGAUACGGGAAUAUGAAUGGAUCCAUUCUCAAACCAAGAGGCUAAAGUUUAAUGCACUCAUAACAACAUAUGAGAUCCUCCUAAAAGAUAAGACUGUGCUGGGCAGUAUUAACUGGGCCUUUCUGGGAGUGGAUGAAGCCCAUCGGUUGAAGAAUGAUGACUCUUUAUUGUAUAAAACUCUGAUUGAUUUCAAGUCCAACCAUAGGCUCCUGAUUACUGGGACCCCUCUUCAGAAUUCCCUCAAAGAGCUCUGGUCCUUGCUGCACUUUAUUAUGCCAGAGAAGUUUGAGUUCUGGGAAGAUUUUGAAGAUGACCAUGGAAAGGGGAGAGAAAAUGGUUAUCAAAGUCUUCAUAAGGUUCUAGAGCCUUUCCUUCUUCGAAGAGUAAAAAAGGAUGUGGAAAAAUCUCUUCCAGCCAAAGUGGAACAGAUUCUCAGGGUAGAGAUGUCUGUCCUUCAGAAGCAGUAUUAUAAGUGGAUUUUGACUAGGAAUUACAAGGCUCUCUCCAAAGGGACAAGAGGCAGCACAUCUGGUUUCCUUAAUAUUGUGAUGGAACUGAAAAAAUGCUGUAACCACUGCUAUCUGAUUAAGCCUCCAGAAGAGAAUGAACGUGAAAAUGGACAGGAGAUCUUGCUGUCCCUGAUCAGGAGCAGUGGGAAGCUGAUCCUCUUAGAUAAACUGUUAACAAGACUUCGAGAGAGGGGGAACAGAGUUCUGAUCUUCUCCCAGAUGGUGAGGAUGUUGGAUAUUCUGGCUGAAUACCUGACUAUUAAACAUUAUCCUUUCCAGCGUCUGGAUGGUUCGAUUAAGGGAGAAAUCCGAAAACAGGCACUGGACCACUUCAAUGCAGAUGGAUCUGAGGACUUCUGCUUUCUGCUCUCAACACGGGCGGGUGGCCUAGGAAUUAACUUGGCUUCAGCGGACACUGUGGUCAUCUUUGACUCUGACUGGAACCCCCAGAAUGACUUACAAGCACAAGCCCGAGCACAUCGGAUUGGACAAAAGAAACAGGUGAAUAUUUACCGCUUAGUUACAAAGGGGACAGUAGAAGAAGAGAUCAUUGAACGAGCCAAAAAGAAAAUGGUGUUGGAUCACUUAGUGAUCCAGCGUAUGGAUACCACAGGCCGUACUGUUUUGGAUAACAACUCGGGAAGGUCAAAUUCUAAUCCUUUCAACAAAGAAGAAUUAACAGCUAUUUUGAAAUUUGGAGCAGAGGAUCUCUUCAAAGAACUGGAAGGGGAGGAAUCAGAACCUCAGGAAAUGGACAUAGAUGAAAUUUUACGAUUGGCUGAAACCAGAGAGAAUGAAGUGUCAACAAGUGCAACAGAUGAGCUUCUAUCACAAUUCAAGGUGGCCAAUUUUGCAACAAUGGAAGAUGAAGAAACUGAGUUGGAAGAACGAUCACAUAAGGACUGGGAUGAGAUCAUUCCAGAGGAUCAGAGGAAGAAAGUAGAGGAGGAAGAAAGACAGAAAGAGUUAGAAGAAAUUUAUAUGUUGCCCCGCAUUCGAAGUUCCGCAAAAAAGGCUCAGGCUAAUGACAGUGACUCGGAUGUGGAGUCUAAAAGAAGGGCCCAGAGAUCUUCUGGUUCAGAAAGUGAGACAGAUGAUACUGAUGAUGACAAGAGGCCAAAACGCAGGGGACGUCCUCGAAGUGUCAGAAAAGAUCUUGUAGAGGGAUUUACAGAUGCUGAGAUUCGAAGGUUCAUCAAAGCAUAUAAGAAAUUUGGACUUCCUCUUGAACGUUUAGAGUGCAUUGCUCGGGAUGCUGAGUUGGUAGAUAAGUCUGUAGCAGAUCUGAAGCGAUUGGGUGAAUUGAUUCAUAACAGCUGUGUUUCAGCAAUGCAAGAAUAUGAGGAACAGCUGAAAGAAAAUGCCAGCGAAGGGAAAGGACCAGGGAAAAGAAGAGGUCCUACUAUCAAGAUUUCUGGGGUUCAAGUCAAUGUUAAAUCUAUUAUUCAGCAUGAAGAGGAGUUUGAGAUGUUGCACAAAUCUAUUCCUGUGGACCCUGAAGAAAAAAAAAAAUAUUGCUUAACCUGUCGUGUCAAAGCUGCACAUUUUGAUGUAGAUUGGGGAGUGGAGGAUGAUUCUCGGCUAUUAUUGGGCAUUUACGAACAUGGCUAUGGCAACUGGGAGCUAAUUAAAACAGAUCCAGAGCUGAAAUUAACUGACAAAAUAUUACCUGUUGAGUCAGAUAAAAAACCUCAGGGAAAGCAGCUACAAACUCGAGCUGACUACCUGUUAAAGCUGCUGAAGAAAGACUUGGACAAAAAGGAGUUGGUUAAAGAGGGUGAAGAGGAUGAUGGCUUGGAAAAAAGCCCCAUGAAAAAAAAGCAGAAGAAAAAAGAAAACAAAGAAAACAAGGAGAAACAAAUGGGUUCUAAAAAAGAAAAGGAAGGAGAUAGAGAAAGAAAGAAGACAAAGGAUAAGAAAGAAAAGCCUAAAGCAGGUGAUGCCAAAGCUGGGAAUAAAUCAAAACGAGCUCAAGGUCCUGUCCAUAUUACCGCAGGAAGUGAACCAAUCCCCAUUGGAGAAGAUGAGGAUGAUGAACUGGACCAGGAAACAUUCAGCAUAUGCAAAGAGAGGAUGAGGCCAGUGAAAAAGGCUUUGAAGCAGCUGGAUAAACCAGACAAGGGACUCACUGUGCAGGAACAGCUAGAGCACACCCGAAACUGCCUCCUGAAGAUUGGAGACCGAAUAUCAGAGUGCCUUAAAGCCUACUCUGAUCAGGAGCACAUCAAACUGUGGAGGAGGAACCUGUGGAUUUUUGUAUCCAAGUUCACAGAAUUUGAUGCUCGGAAACUACACAAAUUAUACAAAAUGGCUCAUAAGAAAAGAUCUCAGGAGGAGGAGGAGCAAAAGAAGAAAGAUGACAUGCCUGGCAGUAAAAAACCAUUUCGUCCAGAACCUUCAGGCUCAAGUCGUGAUUCUUUGAUGUCUCAAUCUCAUACACCUCACAACCUUCAUCCCCAGAAACUUCAUUUGCCUCCUUCACAUGGACCACAGAUGCAUGGACACCAGCGAGAUAACUAUGGACAUCCCAAUAAGAGACAUUUCAGCAAUGCAGACCGAGGAGACUGGCAAAGAGAGCGAAAAUUCAAUUAUGGUGGCAACAGCAACCAGCUCUGGGGUGGAGAUCGGCAUCACCAGUAUGAGCAGCAUUGGUAUAAGGAUCACCAUUAUGGGGACCGACGUUCUCAUGGAGAACCCCAUCGUUCUGGGAAUUACCGUCCAAACAACUUGUCACGCAAGAGGCCAUAUGACCCAUAUAGCAGUGACCGAGACCAUCGAGGACACAGAGAUUAUUAUGACAGACAUCAUCAUGACUCAAAACGACGAAGAUCUGAUGAAUUCAGGCCUCCAAAUUACCACCAGCAAGAUUUCCGAAGAAUGUCUGAUCAUCGACCCCCUAUGGGUUACCAUGGCCAGGGUCCUUCAGACCAUUACCGAUCUUUCCACACAGAUAAAUCGGGAGACUACAAACAGCCAUUACCCCCUCCACACCCUGUAGUCACAGACCCUCGAUCACCACCAUCUCAAAAAUCUCCCCAUGAUUCAAAGUCACCUUUGGAUCAUAGGUCCCCCCUGGAUAGGUCACUAGAACAAAAAAACAAUCCAGAUUAUAACUGGAAUGUUCGGAAAACAUAAAUCAAAGGUCAAAAAGGAGGAGAACAAGAGUGAGCAAGCAUCUGAUGAUUUUUGGUCUGAUCCAAAAGAUGACCAGUUAUCAAAAUGAGUAACUGGAGACUCUGAACAUGCUGCUGCUACCACCUCACUGGCUGAAGGAGGACUUCAGGGAGUGGGGAGGACUUCUCCUAGGUGUUAGUUUUGGUGGAGAUUCAAUUUUGCUUACCACCUUUACACUCCUGCCAUAGUUUCCAUUUUCAUUCUAUCCUCCCAUGCUGCCAGAAGGAAAGAGGUGUCAUUUUGUCUGUGGGCUUUUGUGGGGUUAUUAUCCCCCUCCCCCUAUUGAAGGAAGAACAAGAAUUGAUUGGAUUUGUAACCUGUUGGGUUUUUUUUUUUUUUUUUUUUUGAGUUGUUUUUUACAACUAGGUGCAGUAUUUCCUUACUCUGAUUUGGUCAGGGGAGGGAAUGAACGAUUGCUGCUUAGAAAUUAAUGAACAGUGCUUGAUUUGAUUCACUAUUAUAUGAUGGAUGCUGCUGAUGGGGAAAAAAAAAGUCUGAUUUCAUUCUGGAAUGAUAGCAUUUGAAGGUGGGCAGGUGAGCCCUUCAAAUGCUUAAUUGAGCUCUCAACAUGUCAUUAGAAGAAAUGUAGGAGCAAUAGACUUAGGUGUGGCCCACCCAGGAAGGGAGGGUAAGAGUUGAGGGUAGUGGCACUGAUUGCAGCUGUCUCUAUCCAAUCUACACUAAUUUUCCCUGCAUUGUCUUUGUACAUUUCAAAGGUUUGGUUUCUUGUAGUCCUAUUGUUUACCUCCAUAAUGAGGAAAACUGGCUACUGUGGCUGAACUUCAGUACUGUGACAUUGGAAUUAACUUGGAUUUUUUUUUUCAGGGGGGGAGGAGGGAGGCAAAGGAGGGAAAGAAGAGGAUAGAUAUCUUGAAUCCCUAAUGAGGUGUCUGUUUCACCCAAUAAAAAGACUCAUUAAACAUUUGGUGCUAGCUAGCAUGUAAGACUGGGCUGUAGAUUCUGAAAUGGGUUUCACAUUGUGCAAUACUUGCAGUGCUAAUAAAAAGACAGAGGCUUUCAGUAUUUUAACAGGGUGACAUCUAUAGAUUUUUACUUCUUUUGCACAAAUUAAAAGAGUUAGAAUUCACAAAGAAUCACAUCUAUUGGCAAUAUCUAUUGAGGUCAGAUAAAGACAAAAGUUAGCUGCAGAAAGUAGGCUAUCAGAUGGCUGGCUUGAGAUCAUUGCAGUUUGUGUUUUAGUUGCUUUCAGGAUUAGAGCAGAAGAUACCCAUUGGGAUUUAUAGCUAGUAAAGGAGGCUUGGGGGGAGGGAAGGAACCAAAUGAGUUUUAUUGAGGUUAAUUGAAUCUGAAUGGUGAGGGAGAGGGAGGGGGUAGUUAAGGGACAAAGUUGUAUGCCCCCCUUGGGAAAGCUGAGGCUCUCAUUUUUAUUCAUUUAAGCCCUAGUUAAUCAGUAUUCUUAAAUAUGCUAGUGUCCAAAGUCAUAACUAGAUGAAAAGAGGAUAUUUGACUAGAAUACGCAAUGAAACUUGGUAAUAAAUUUACGCCUACCAGGUAGAAAGAACCAAGAUCAGAAGUGGUACACAUAAGUAUGAUUACGUGGGCUCCCAUUCUGUUGGGAUACCUCCUUGAAAUGCCUUGUGGAUCUUUAAGAAAAUAUCAACACUUAUUUGCCAUGCAAUAAGGGCAACUCUAUUAAAGACACUCCCAAGAAAUGCCUCUAUUGUCUAACGCCACUUAAGCAGAAAUGGUUUCGUGGUCCAUUGCUCCAUGCUAAACUAAACAUAUCAUGGAAACAGUCAGUGAUCCAGGUCAUCAUGAGAGGCACAGAAAAUUAAGAAGCUUCUGUGGUUGGCUAUGCAGCAAUUUUUGGUGGGCAGUUUUUCUUUAAAUUUUUUUUUUCCUUCAUAGUGCUUUUGAUUCUUCAACUUGGACUUUCACAGUGGAAGCAUUGGGGCCAAGCACCCAAAGGUGUCAUAUUGCACAUAUCAGAAAUAAUCCUAUCAAAGAUUUAGAGCAGAUAUAACUGAGGAAAUUGGGAAAUAUUCUGUCCCUUUAUAAGCCACAAAGUGCUGUGGAAACAAAAAACGUUAGCUUUGCUAAUGGUUUUGGCGCCAUCCAUAUGUUUGUCUUACCCAAGGCAAACCAGAAAGUAUUAAGAAAGCUCCUUUUAAUCUCAGCUGAUAUAGAAUGGUGAGCUAGUGAGGGAUUGAGCCCUGGCACAUUUUUCCCCUUUGGGAAUUCAGAUUAUGGGUUUUCCUACAGCUUUCAGUAGUCUUUAAUGAAGGUAUAGGUGGAUGGUUGGAGAAUAUACUUUUUUUUAUAUUCACCAAUAUUUGAUUUCAUUGAACUAGUUAGGCAAGGAAUGUUAUGCAACAAAGAUGUCUCAUCAUGAGGAGAAAAACAACUUCACAUUGUUCACAUUCAUGAAAUGUUUUUGUCAAGACUUUUAGUGCCAUAAGAUGUAGCAAAAGGCAAUACUGGCCAGAUCAGUGUUAAAUUGAUUGUUUAACUACAGUAUCCCAAAUACACUUAUACAUGUUUGGCAUCUGAACUAUGUCCAGGAGGGAGUAAGGGGGGUAAGGAGAAAGGUGUUUCCUUCUUCAAAAUCAAAAUCAUUGUGACAAAAUGGUAUAUUUAAAGAAAAAAAUAAUGCAUGGAUGGAAGUUAAUGUCUCUGUUUGGAGAAAAGAGGAAUUAUUAUGGGAACCUCAGGAGUUCUCAGGAUCUGAAAUUGGGGAGAUAUAUUUAGAGAUUGCUUUGGUAGUGAUGCUAAAGAGAAAGAAAGGUAACAUCACACUCAUUAAAAACAGUACCUGAAUGUAAACAAAAAGUACUAGUAGCUGAAAUGAUAUAGUCUUCAGUAAUAAUAUAAAACCAAAAACUAAACUUUUAAAGCAUUCAAAGUCCAAAGGGGAAACAGCUGAGCACUCUGUGAGGAUUGAUGGCAAUAUCUUUAAAUGCUUUUCCUUCCUCCUACCUUCCAUAUCUCCAUUUUACCCUCUAGCCAGUCAUUCCUUAAAGCCUUUUUAAUGGGAAAAGUGAAAACUUCUCACCUCUUGCUGCAUUUUAAAGUUAAGUACAUUCUAGCCUGAUGUCUGAAAAUUUUCAUCAGGAAGUGUGGUGCAAACCUGAUUCAGUUAUGAAUUUACACUAUGACCCGGAAAUUCUACAGACCAAAAUCUAUGGUCAACAAGAAUUGUUGAUCCAGUGCCCAGUACACGUGGAGCUUCUGACUGUCUGAGAUCUUACUGUGAUCGAGGUAGGAGAUCGGUGCCAACGAUCCAGACGGCUGUAGUCCAUUUACCCCCAGUCGUGUGGGGACAGACGGUUUCUCUUUCUUGUAAAAUUGUGGACUUUUAAGACCUGUUAACUAAAACAGUAAUUACUAUUAAUUUAUAUUUGUGAAAAAAUGCCACUGUCCUAGUGAUUUCUGAUGUAAAUAUGUUGUUUAUAUAGUAUGUAUUAAAUUUUCCUACAUUGUAAAA